AUGCUUUAGGAAGGGAUAAGAAACUUCAAGGAACUUCGAGCCAAAUUCCAAAAGCUUGAUGCCCCACUUCUUCCAAGACCUAUUGAAUUCCCAGCAGGUGGUUCUCAAAAAGAUGACACUGGAAGCACUCGGCCAACUGGAAUUUUGGCCAGUGGGAAACCUCUCUCAUUCAAGCAAAAUCAGUCCCUAACAUUUUGUUCCAGUGGGAAUUCUGAGCCUCUUAAAUCCCAGACUAUGAAACUGGCCCACUGGAGUGAGAUUCAGAAAUAUUCUAAUUCCCCAGGACCUCUGGAAAAGUCUACUGUGUGUUCUGUAGUAGAUUCAUGCAAAGCUUCUCUGCUGCUAGAUGGGACUCACUCAAAUGCUGAGAUAACAGAUAAUGAGAAAGAAAUCAUGGCCAGUAGCUUCAGAGACAAGCUCUGGAACUGGGAGAAGGUUUCCUCACAGAAAAGUGAGAUGUCAUCAGCUCUUCUUCUUGCCAAUUGUGGAAGUAAGGCUUUCCACCUGAAAGGGAAUAAAGGCAUGGGGCUUACUCAAGAGGAGUCACGGAAAAAGCUGCAAAGAAGAGAAGCACAGACUCUUCCUUCCCAAAGACACCUGAGCCAAAGAAAAUUGUUUGCUGCCUCUGAAGAUCCAGCUUUUGUACUUUCUCAACAUGGCAAAAAGAGUGAGGAAAGCCCUAGUCCUGACAGGAGCCCAACAGGCAGCAUCUGCCAGCCUAUUUAUGAGUAUGAACUUGCCAGCCAGGCUCCAGAGAAACAAUCAGAUGUCAGGCAUCACCAACUUCCCAAGACAAAGCCAAUGCCUUCCAUUGAGUCUCUGGGUCCUCCUCCCCCAAAGCCUUCAAAGCCUCCUGCUGUGAACCUCCAGGCCUUCCGGGAACAGCAGGCUGCUCUUGCUGAGACCCACAGGAGAGCAACUGCGAGAGAGAGCUACCCGUCUCCAGAGAGUGCCGAAUUUGAAGAACCUCAUAAUUAUGAGGCAACCAUUUCAUAUCUGAGACACUCUGGCAACUCCAUUAACCUGUGCACUGCAAAAGAAAUUGCUGAUUCUACGUACAAAGUCGAAAUCGAAGAACUCCGAAAGCCUUGGAAGAGUUUUCUCCAUCGAGAACCUAGCCCUAAAUGUGAAGAUGAUGGUAAAAAAAUGAAGGAAGAAGAACCAUUUGAAUUGGACACUGGAAAAACAGAAAAAGAUCCACAUUCAAACCAUCCUUUCAAGGUAGUGGCCUAUCAAGGGACACCCCAGAAAAUCCAGAUGGCCACAGUCCACAGAGAGAGAAAGAACAUGCUGGCUGAGAAUCAGGAUGCUCUGACUGAUAUCAACCAGAUGAAGGCCUGCCCCAAGGGCACAAAGCUGACUGAGCACUCCCAAGGCCCUGGUACAUAUGUGGAGGCCUUGGAAAUGUCUCAAGAAACCCCAGACACAGGGGCCUUGAAGCCAAGUUCUAUCUCAGAGGAGACCUAUGAUGAUGUUGAGUAUCCCAUGAGAGAGACACCGAAGUUGGAGUUCUCUGACUCAUUUGCUUCAGACAGUGAAGAAAAUAGUGAAAAAAUCUAUGAAGAUGUGUACAAAACAAAGAGCAACCACCCAAAGAUAGAUUUAGAUGGGAAAAAAGCACUAAAGAGACUGCAACGAUUCUUCAAAAAAGAAAAGGAUAGGUUUAAAAUGAAGAAAACCAAGUCAAAAGAAAAUGUAAGUGCAUUUUCCAUCUCGCUGCCUGAUUUACAACUUAGGUCUCAGGAAGUUACCAUCUAUGACGAUGUCGACAUGAGUGAAAAAGAAUCAAAAGAUGAAGAUAAAGUGAAAACUUGGAAGCCAAAGUUCUUGAUACCAAAAGAAAAAAAAGAGAAAAAAGGUGCUGAAGGAUCAGACAGUUUAUCUCCUAGAAAUUUUUUCAGAACCAAGAAGCAAAAUUUAGAGAAGAACAGAAUGGAAAAAGAGGAAAAACUUUUUCGAGAAAGCUCUGAGUAUGACAAGGAGAUUAUUGUCAUCAACACAGCAGUGGCAUGUUCAAAUAACUCAAGAAAUGGAACAUUUGAUUUGCCAAUAACCCCUGGAGAAGUACUGGAAGUCAUUGAUACCACUGAACAAAAUCUAGUGCUAUGUCGCAAUUCUAAAGGCAAAUAUGGAUAUGUACUUGUUGAACAUCUAAAUUUCAAGCAUCAAGACUGGUCAUCUUAGCAAGCUGAAGAUAAUACUAUUCAUGAGAGAAAAUUGGUCCAAAGAUCUUAGCCCUGUGCCACAUCAGUUUGUUUACAUGUCAAAAUUAAGUGGGUGAACCUGGGGAAACUUUCUUUUGGAAUUUAGAAAAAGAAUUCUCAACAUUCAGAUGUUGGUUUUACUCCUUAAAGGUUAUAUGUGUACUUUACUCAUGGUUCAGGAGAUUGGGAAACUGUUAGUGCUGGCGCUCUCAUUUACUGAGCCGUAUCUGGAGUUAGAAAUCAUGCCUUAUGACACCUGGUUCGUUGUGCAGAUGGUUAGUUGCUUACAGUAUUAGUACAUGAGCAACUGUAAUUUCUAGCUGUGCAUUUAAAUUUGAUAUGAUUUCAUUCUGAACAGUAAAUACUGAGAUUUAAAGCAUAAUCUUAAUACAAUUUUAGCUCAGCCCUUAGAAAUAUCACAAUAUAAGUGUUAUUUUGCUUGGUCAUAAAAAUGAGAUAAAUGCUGCUCAUCAUCAGUUUCUUUUGGGAACAGUUUUCUCAAUA